AUGCGAAACAAUUUUUAAUUAAUUUUUUUUCUUACAUGAAACGAUCACUAAUUCUGGCAGUUGAAAAAAUUAAAGUUCGUAUUUACCUUUCAUAUACCAGAACCAAAAAUAAAAUUGUUUGAAAAAUGAUCGACCUUUCUUAUACAUGAAGAAUUUUAAAUCGGGUGUUAGUAACUACUGAUAUAAAUUUGUGGACGAAGGCACAUAUAUCUCUGCAAAUUGUAUGUUUGCAUGUAAAUCAUGUUUUAUCAGGUUCGGUCAAGAACAUUUCAGAUGCAAAAAUAGAUGGCCGAAAUGCCAUGCAUACAUAUUUGCGCUCCGAGCCGAACGUCAAACGUUGUAUCUUUUAUUUUUAAAAUCACUUGUUUCACUCUUUUAUUUAUCUUACAAUGCCAUUACAUUUCUUUGCGUAUUAUUUGUAUCAAUGAAUGCAAACAAUCAUGGAACCGAGCGUACAUAUAUGUAUGCACAUAUACAUACGUAAUUUACGCAUGUAUCUAUAUAUACAUAUGUACAUAUGUAGAUCUGGGUAUGAAGAAAUGUAACUUUAUACAUAAGCUACAGAACAUGGUAAGGGAAAUAACAAUUCCAUUACAAAUUGUAAUCGCUACCCUCGAAUAAAAGGAAUUCAAAUCCAGUUCACAAGUUUUUUAUCCACUACAUCAUCCCUUGGUCAACACAGUCUGCACUGACUUUGGUUAAAUGACACAUACAUAUUUAUUUCAAUCCUACAAGUCUCAAAUUACAUAUCCAACGCAUUAUUGUCCAAGUACUAAUCCUAAGCAUUUGUACGUACGCAGCACGUAUAUAUAUUAAAUAAUAUUUCCAUAAUUCUUAUCUUGAUUUAAAAUAUGCCCUGAGUCACAAAUCAAACAAAUGUGAACAAGUAAAAAGUUAAUAUUAAACUAAUGUGGAUUGGAUACGAGCUUCUUUGUAUUUAGAUCUCACAGGCAUGAAUCACCAAGUUGAUAUAUAUACACUAAGAUAUAUGUACUUUUAUUGGUAUGUAAAUGAAAGAUUUCUCGUUACUGUAUAAUGUGACUUCUCGAUAAUUCUCCAAUAUUUUUCACACUUAAUUUCUGCUGUUGAUUUGGCAAGUACGAUUGAGAAACUACAUCUUAUCAGGAAAGAUUGACGACGCAAGGCUGUCACAUUCGCAAAUAUAUAAAUGGCCGUGCAUGGAAAAUCAAAUUAAAAUUGUCUAAACCGUCUUAACCGUCGCAUUGGUUAUAAAUUUCCUAAAAUACUUUUGACAAAUUUUAAAUUUUAGAUUCUUUUGAACGUUUAAAAACUAGCAAUUAAUUUACGACAGUUUGUAUCUUUAUUUUAUCCUGGAUUACACGCAUACGAUUAAAAUGAACUGUUAUCCAAGUUUUAUACUCUUGUGGUUACUUAUAAUCUUCACCAGUACAAUUGGGACAACUAGACCGUACCACACAAUUGAGAUUCGAAGGCGAAGUGAAUUAUCAUCUGGAGGACAUGUUUAUAACAUUACAAACUGCAAUCCAAAUCUGGCGGAGUUUGAUGAGCAUGAUAAAAUAAUGGAAAUAGAAACCAACGGAAACUGUUUCAACAUUUACUCUGAGAAAGGCUGCACAACUUCUGAGGGCCGACUUAUCCGAUACCAGGCAGGCAGACUGCUCACAGAACUCAGCAAAUUUAAUAAGCAUCGAUGGGAUGGGGAUUUGCAUGUGGACGACGAGCAUGUUCAGGUCAAAUCAGUCGGACCGUGCUUUGACAAGUGUGAUCCUCGCAAUUGGCAAGGAGACUCCCCAAGUCGGCCUGUGACCGUGACAAUCUAUGAGGAUGAAGACUUUACUGGAGAUGAAAUGACUCUAAAAGUUGAGGGAGAUCGAUGCUUUCCAAUAUCGUCGUCUGGUCCAGUGUCGACAAAAGCAUCCAUCAAAAUAUCCGGAGACGAAUCUUCUUGCAUCGAGCUUCAUGAUGACCCGUCUUGUGGUGGAAAUUUUACCCAAUUCCGACCAGGAUACCCAUACCUUCAUGACCUCUGGUUUUGGGGAAUAGCUGGGAACGAUAUCGCUGUGUAUGCCACAGCAAUUGCCAAAUGUGGUGUUCACUGUAACAAAACUAUACCUGAAGUGAACUCGAACGUAGAAACACAUCCUGGAAGGAAUUUUGUUAGUCUUUACGACCACCCUGGAUUCUAUGGAAACGCACGUCACGUAAACUUGACCGGUGGGGGUUGCUAUAAUUUAACACAGCGAGCUGCCUCAAUACGGACAUACGAUCAAUGUGUCAUUCUCUAUGAAGCCCCAAAUUGUCAACAGAAACGGAAUUCAUACACCAUCCAGAUAGGCGACCAAGAGUCCGUGGAUUACUAUUUGGAAAAAUUUAUGUCUUCAACCUUGCCCACGCCAGUUACCACUAAUUCCAUUCGACUUUGCGAUAAGCAGCCAAGUCUUCAAGUGACCUCGUCAUCACCGCCGACAGUUCCCAUGUCAUCGGAUGGUGCAACUUCUCCAUGUGCGAAUCAAGUUUCAGACACAAUUUCAACCAACAAUACCAGUUUUCCAAUGUGGGCAGUUACUCUCAUUUUUCUGGCUGAACUUAUUCUAAUUUGUUUCUCAGCCUUGGGUGGGGCUUACAUUUUUAAACGUUAUGAAAAUUUGGGCUACUCACGUAGUGAAAAUUAUAAUGUCUCGUACCAAUUACAAUCUUAAAACUUCACAUGUUCAGAAAAUGUUUUUUUUUGUUAUACGAUACCUCUGCACGAGCUUAGACAAUAAAUAAAGUAAACCAUCGAAUGUAAAAAUAUAAA